GCGCCGGUCCCCAGCAUGGCGGAUUAUCGGCCGUCCGGGCCGGUUGCUUCCGAGACUACUGCUGCUCGGCUCCUGGCUGUCCUGUGGGUCGUGUCAGUAACCACGGGACCUUGGGGAGCUGCCGCCGGCGGUGGCGAAGAGUCACUUAAGUGCGAGGACCUCAAAGUGGGACAAUAUAUUUGUAAAGAUCCAAAAAUAAAUGAUGCUACACAAGAACCAGUUAACUGUACAAACUACACAGCUCAUGUUCCAUGUUUUCCAGCACCUAACAUAACUUGUAAGGAUUCUGGUGGCAAUGAAACACAUUUUACUGGAAAUGAAAUUGGUUUUCUCAAGCCCAUAUCUUGCCGAAAUGUAAAUGGCUAUUCAUACAAGGUGGCGGUUGCACUGUCUCUUUUUCUUGGAUGGUUGGGAGCAGAUCGAUUUUACCUUGGAUACCCUGCCUUGGGUUUGUUAAAGUUUUGCACUGUAGGAUUUUGUGGAAUUGGGAGCCUAAUUGAUUUCAUUCUUAUUUCAAUGCAGAUUGUUGGACCUUCAGAUGGAAGUAGUUACAUUAUAGAUUAUUAUGGAACCAGACUUACAAGACUGAGUAUUACCAAUGAGACAUUUAGAAAAACGCAGUUAUAUCCAUGAAUAUUGUUUAAAAGAAACAGAUUUGGGCCUCCUUGAUUUUAAUAGAGAACUCUCAGUGUGUAGAUUUCCAGAUUUUCCUUUUUCCAUCUUCAUAUACCACUUUACAGAUUCUGUUUAAUUUUUUGUUGUUGCUGAUGUUUUUGUUUUGUUGUCUUAGUUAAAAACAUAUUAUUCUGAGAUUUAUUUAAUAGAACUUUGAGAUUUAUAUGAUAGUAGAGUCUUUCUUAGGCUACUGUCUCUAUGAGAUAGAUAGCUUAUUACUCUGAUAUUAAUGUGUUUUCCAAAGGCAAGUUGCCACUUGUCCUUUUUGCUUCUGAAAAAUGAAAGUAUGACUUAUUCACAUUUUUUAGUGCUUUAUUAUUAAGAAAACCGUCUUAAAUGUUGAAUGUUGCUGUCUUCUGCAUUUUGAUCCUUCAAAGCAGUUAAUCCAUGGUGCGAACAAAUACCAUCUAUAUUGCCUGGGGCUGCAGUCUUGUAUAUGACAACCUACUUGUUUUUUGGAGCUUUCAGAUCUGUCUUUGCCUUGGUAUCCAGGGAGCUAAAGAUCAUCAGGGAGUCUGAAACCGUGAGGCAACGCAGAUACUCUUGGCAUUGAUUCAGGACUCUGAAGUGUGAACUUUCUCCUUUUUGCCUUGGGAGUGAUGCACUAGCUUUUGGUGGACCAGAUGCUGACUCAUCUAGCUCAGUGCAGUUAUAUUUGAAGCUGGAUGGACAAGGUGGGAACACCAACCAGAUGAUUAAUGUCUUCCAUCUGUUAGCACUGGCUGGCAGAUGCCGGCACAAGUGUCUUAAGUGAUGCACCAGUGUCUGGAGGAAGCAGCACCUGUACGUUAGCACUAGUUUUUCUUGCCGUGUUUAGAAGGGUUUUAAGAAGAUGGAAAUACAUGAAAUGCUAUGUCCCCAAAAUACUGUCAUACUCUUACUUUAGUAACAGGCAUACCAAUUUCAAAAUCACUGGUAUCUGGGCUUUUCAAAAGUAAAAACCAUAAUUUUUCAUCACUCAUUUCACUCAAAAAUAUACAGUAUAGUACAGUUAGCUUCAUAGUAUGGUAGUCAUUCAGUAACAGCUUCUCCAGGUGAUGGGAGAUUAUUAAGUAUUGAUAUAAGAAGUGAAUUUGGAUUGAUUCCUAAUAUACACCAGGAAGGGUCUCUGAUUUGUUCAUUAAUGAAAAUGCUGAGUGUCUAUCAUUUGGGAGGCACUCUUCUAGAUUCUAGGAUACAGCAGUGGACAAAACACUAACAUCCCUGUCCUUAAGGAGCUUAUAUUUCCUUGGGAUCCACUUUUUCACAGUGAUAUUUUUGGCCUCAGUUAAGCUAGAUGCCCAUUUUCUAGUAUUCCUUAGUUCCUUUUGGUUGCCGACAGUGCUUUGAAGUUUACUUCAGGAUCACCUAAGCUCAGAUUUAAAAGUCUUUAAGUUUCCACAGCUAUGUAACUUCAAUUACAUGAGAAAUACCUGCAGUCACAUCUUGAAACGAAUCUUGCUUCCUAUGUAAUUGUUACAGUUACCUUGACCAGGUGGGAAGUCUGUUUCCAAGCAGGUGCUUCUCAAAAGUAUUUAUUCAAAUAAGCUGUACUCUGAAAGAGUUGUUGGUAAAAUCUAGAAAUAAAGUCCCUUCACAGUACACUCUUAAACCUUUAGACUUAAUUUUCACUAUAAUUUCCUAAAUUCCUAAAAAUGCUUUCAUUUUUCCAAUUUGUAUAAUUCCCUGUUGCCUAAUACAUGUAAUUCUUUUACAGAUGGUUUUUCUGUGUCUUAUUAUUUAUUUGUUAUGGGAAUACAUUUAAAACAUGUGAAUACAGUUUUGGGUUUUUUUUGUUUUUUAGUUUCAUGGAGCACUAUAUUAUUAUGGCUAUUUGUUAGUAGUGUGUGUAGGAAUUAUAUGUUAAGGCCUCUGUAUGAGAUGUUUUAUAUAAUAACCCUGAUUUUAGAACAGUGGCCAAACUUGUAAGAUGGAUUAGCUCAGUCAUUCCUGGGAUUACUCCUAAACCCUCUAGAGGAAAAUGGAAAGGAUUCUUUCAAUUCUAUAGAAACAGUUAGUGUUCUACAGAAGCGCUUAUAAAUGGUACUACUUUAGCCUGAAAGGAUUAAUACAAUUUCCAGAAGUACCUCUUUACCCAGGAAGAUUUCUUACCUCCACUGUAUUAAACUAAAGGACCUCUUUAAAAUUUCAGAGAUUCUGUUAUGUCUACGGCCAGCAUUUGUUCAUGGGACCACUAGGGCUCUAAGAAAUAUUAGUUUGGGGGUAUGUUUUGUUUUUGUUUUGUUUUACAAAAACUUUCUGUGUCUUUUUCCCUUAUUUUAACCUAGAUGCUUAAGGCUAAGUUAAGUAUUAUUAUACUGACGGGCAACUAGGAAGCUAAAAUAGAUAGAAACUAGCAAAAAUGAAAGGUUAGUUCUUAAAAAGUGCAAGUCUAAGAUGUUGGUUCCUCUUUCUCAUUCAAAUACCUUAAAUGUAGAUAUUCCCCAGGGUUCUGGCACCUUCCUUCUUCCUUUCUCUCAUUAAAUCAGCAUCCAUUUUGCUUUUUUCUAUUUACAAAAUUAAUACAAGCUUAAUGCAUAAAUUUUGGAGAAACACCAAAAAGUACAAAGAAAAAAAAUUUAUGCCACAGCUCUAAGAUAACAAUGUUAAUAUUUUAAUGUAUGUCCUAGUAGUUUUUCCAUGCAUGUAUUUUCAUUUUUCUUCACAAAAAUGAUAUAUUCUCCAUACUGUUUUGUAGCCCACUUCUUC